AUGGGGUUCGAAGCGCCCCCGGUGUUGACGGGUGGUGCGGCAACCCCGACAGCGGGUGGUAUUUGGACUGAACACCGCAAUCCUGAAGGGAGAACUUACUGGUUCAACACGGGGACAAAGCAGAGUGUAUGGGAGAAACCCGAUGAAUUGCGAACGCCUUUCGAGCGAGCGUUGAACCAAACGAAAUGGAAAGAGUAUUUCUCUGGUGGUCGAAAGUAUUAUUACAAUACCGAGACGAAAGAAUCCAAGUGGGAUAUGCCAGAUGAGCUGCUCCUUCUACUCGAAAAGGUAGAAAAGGAAGGUCCCGCUGCAGCCGUUCCCAAAGCUAUCACCGGAACACCAGCCUCAAUUGGAUCACAAGGUGCACUCGUCCCUUCGGGAGGCGCUGACCCGUCCUUAUCAACUUCCCAGCCCAACCAGCAAAAUGGUAGCAUCACGACGCCGACCAAUGUCAACCCGCUCGCUGUAGGCGCUCACACAGGCGGCCUGCCACUCAACCCCAACAGUGUCGUGCCUGCGCGGCCUGUCCUCCCGGACGACCCUGUCAUCCCCCACAAUGGAUUCAUGACGCUCGAGGAGGGUGAGAAGGCGUUUACCCACUUGUUGAGGAAGGCCGGUGUGGAUGCGAAUUGGACGUGGGAUCAGACCAUGAGAGCGAUUAUUACUGACCCACUUUACAAGGCGCUUAAUACGCUUGCUGAGAAGAAGGCUUGCUGGGAGAAGUAUGUGAAUGGCUUGAAGCAAAAGGAACAAGAAGAGCGCGAGGCCAGGUUGGCCAAGUUGAGACCUGCGAUUAGGAAUAUGCUCAAGGGCAAUCCGAACGUGUUCCAUUACACAACGUUUGGGACUGCGGAUAAGCUUUUCGGGCAGCACCCGAUUUGGCAACAGGCACGUAUCGAAUCUGAGAGAAGGCUUAUUUUCGAGGAAUACGUUCAGGAGCUGAAGAACAAGGAAGUGCAAGAAAUGCGUACAGCUCGAACUCGGGCGGUUGCCAAAGUUGUGUCACUGUUCAAGGAGCUCAAUGUGGACGUCGUCACUCGAUGGAGGGAGGCUCGCAAGAGGCUCGAGAACUCGGAAGAAUGGGCUCGAGAUCCAGAGUUGCGAAACCUUCCUACGCUCGAUAUCCUCCUGGCAUUUGAAGAUUACAGCCGUGUUACUGAACGUGAGUACGAGGAGCAGAUGCGUCGUGCUGCUGUCGAGAAGACCAGGAAAGAACGCAAGGCAAGGGAAGCGUUUAAGGAACUGCUCCAAGAGCUUGUUACCCAGGGCAAGAUCAAAGCUCGCUCCAAGUGGAAGGAAGUCUAUCCCAACUUCCGCGAGGACGAGCGCUACCUCAACAUGCUCGGCAACCCUGGCUCGAACCCCCUCGAACUCUUCUGGGACCUCGUCGAUACUCUUGACCAAGAACUCGAUGGAAAGAUUGUCAUUGUUGAGGAAGUGUUGAAGAAGCACAAGCCUGGACCUCCCGGUACUCUUGAACAGGGCGAAGAAACGAGCAUGGUAGACAAGGAAGGGUUUACUGUUAAGCCUGAGACUACGAAGGAGGAGUUUUUGAAGGUUGUGAACGAGAAUGCAAAUGCCGCUGUCAGGGCCUUGCCAGAGGAUGAUCUUCAUCUUAUUUUCAAGACGCUUCAUGAAGCUGCAUUGAAGAAGCAGGCUGAAGAGAAGAGGAAGGCAGAGAGAAGGCUAAGGCAUUUGCAAGAUGACCUUCGGUAUGCCAUGAAGAAGCUACCAGAGCCUUUGGACAUUAAUCUUCCUUACGAAGAGAUUGUCCCACUCAUUGAGCAUCUCCCUGAAUACAAAGCCUUGGAGGACGAGGAAGCCCGUCGGGCUGCUUUUGCCAAGUAUGUCAAAAGGCAAAAGGAAAAGUUGAGGGAGACCGCGUCGGAGGACGGGUCCACGACGAGCAGGAAGCGCAAGGAGCCUCAUCGCGACUACCGAGACGACCGAGACAGGGAGAAGGACCGGGACAGGGAUCGUGAGCGCGACCGGGACAGGGACCGCGAGAAGGACAGAGACCACCGUGAUCGUGACAGGGAUAGGGACCGCAGGUCUCGGCACCAUCGCUACGAUGAUUACGACGCGGAGCCUCGUUCCUCAAGGGAUCAUCGAGACAAGAGCUACGACAAGGACCGUGACUACCGUUCGUCUCGACAUCAUCGUGAUGAUGACCGCAAGCGUGACAGGGAACGAGACCGCAGGGGUUCAUAUAGGGAUUAUGAUGAUGUGCGGGACGACAGGGACUACCGCGACGACAGAAGGGAUUACGACGACAACAUGAGUGAUUCGCGCGCCGAGAAGCGACCGCGUUAUGAUGAUCGUGACCGCACCGAACCCGAGGAAAUGGACGUGGAUAGGCGCGCCUCCGCCCGUGCGGAAACACCUGAGGAGGGAGAGAUAUAG